UUCAAUUAUCAAUCAGCCAGAGCUGAACUUAAACGCAUAUAUAUAAACACAUGCACAAACACAAACAGAUCAUGCAUACGGAUUUUUAUAUGCCAUUUGGACUUCAAGAAACUCAAUAAAAUGGCUCUGCUAUGUGCGAUGCAAGUUACUUUGUUGCUGCUUUUGCUAUUCAGUGCAGUAGCAAAAGCAGAACCAGCUAUAGCCAAACCAGGCUGCAGACCCCAGUGCGGAAAUGUUAGUGUUCCAUACCCAUUUGGAAUUGGACUGGCAGAAUGUUACCUGGACGAGUGGUUCGCCAUUGACUGCAACGAAACCUCCAGCCCUCCUAAACUUAUCAUCAGGAGUAUCAAUAUGGAGGCUCUGGAUAUAGAUCUUCGAGGCACAGUUCGUGUCAGGAGCCCGAUAAUUUCUUCUCCAAACUGUUCUAGUCCAGCAGAAAAUCGUGAAGGGGUGAGCUUACAGGGGAGUCCUUAUGUCUUCUCAUCCUCUCAGAACAUGUUCACCGCAAUUGGCUGCAACAACUUCGCAGUAAUGACUGAUAUUGAUCCCACGGUUGUUGGGUGCAAAGCAGACUGCGACUCCAGUAGAAAUAACAGCAGAAAAUUCAACUGCACAUCAGGCUUCAAUUGCUGCCAGACGACGCCCCCUUCAGACCUUAAAGUGUUCAAUGCAGGUAUUAGUAACAUAGAUGGUCACAGAAGUAAUGCAGGCGAGUGCAAGUAUGCUUUCUUGGUAGAGAAAGAUUGGUUCAGUAACGAGCGUGAUCCCAUUUUGUCCAUUGAAGGAAGGGGUUUCACUCCAGUGGUGCUGAACUGGAAGAUAUAUGAAUGGAACAACAAUUCCCAGGCUUUGUUUGCGUCAAUGUGGAACAGAAGGGAGGUCAGCUGUGAUCUUUCUGCCAUCCAAUACCCAGAGAAUGAGAUCCGUAUUUUAAGCGUUCUAUGUCAUUGCAGUACGGGAUACAAAGGAAACCCUUAUCUUCAUGCAGCAUGUGUAGACAUAAAUGAGUGCGAGGAUCCAAAGCUACACACAUGCAACAGUGCAGGAGAUUGUGAGAAUACAAUUGGGGGUUACAAUUGUGACAAACGAAAAACUAAGAUGAAGAUAGCCGUGAUAGUUGUUGGCACAACCCUUGCUGUGCUCCUUCUACUCUUAAUUACAUGGUGGUUAUACAAAGUGAUUAAGAAAAGAAAUGAAACUAAGCUCAAGAAAAAGAAUUUCAAAAGGAAUGGUGGCAUGUUGUUGAAGCAACGAGUAUCAUCGAAUGAAGAUAAUGUCCAGAGUACAAGACUAUUCAAUUCAAGGGACUUGGAGAAGGCCACAGACCAUUUUAACAAAAGCCGAAUACUUGGCCAAGGUGGGCAAGGUACAGUGUACAAAGGAAUGCUGGUUGAUGGCAAAAUUGUUGCAAUCAAGAAGUCCACAGUAGUGGAUGAGGCUAACCUUGAACAAUUCAUCAAUGAGGUUGUCAUUCUUUCACAGAUUAAUCACAGAAAUGUGGUUAAGCUACUUGGGUGUUGCUUGGAGACUCAAGUUCCUCUGUUGGUUUAUGAAUUCAUCCCAAAUGGAACACUUUUCCAAUAUCUUCAUGAACAAAAUGAAGAGUUUCCACUGACAUGGGAGUUGCGCUUAAGGAUUGCCACAGAAGUUGCUGGAGCACUUACCUACUUGCACUCGGCAGCUUCACUGCCUAUUUACCACCGAGACAUAAAGUCUACGAACAUACUCUUAGAUGAUAAGUACAGAGCAAAAGUAGCUGACUUUGGGACUUCAAGGUCUGUUGCAGCCAUUGACCAAACUCACAUAACCACACAAGUAUGUGGCACCUUUGGAUACCUAGAUCCACAGUACUUCCAAACAAGCCAAUUUACAGAAAAGAGUGAUGUUUAUAGCUUUGGAGUCGUCCUGGUUGAACUACUAACUGGAGAGAAAGCAGUUUCGUCCAUGAGGUCACAAGAAGGCAAAAAUCUGGCAACAUAUUUCAUUAUUGCAGUUGAAGCUAAUCAUCUACAUGAUAUUCUUGAUGCCCGAGUUAAGCAGGAGGGGCGUAUAGAAGAGAUCAUUGCAGUUGCUGAACUUGCUAAGAGAUGCUUGAACCUAAAUGGGAGAAACCGACCAACAAUGAGAGAGGUUGUCAUUGCGUUGGAAGGGAUUAGAAAAGGUUCUAACAUUCGGCAGAUGCAGGAAGAGUUUGAAUAAGUUAGAACUGAAGAAAACGAGCCUUGGGAUCAUUUUUCUACCUCAACAAGAUCACUACUAGAGUAUCAUACCAGUACGAUAAAAUAGUGUUCAUUCUUGUAGCAAACAUUUUUCCCCUUUCUUUUCAUUCCAUAUUGAAUACUAUUGUAAAUUCUGUUUGCUACAACAAUUUGGUAAAUUUUAAGAAUCUUUUAAAA